AUGCUGAAUGUUAACAAUGUGAAACCGGAACAUGCCACCCAUGAACAACUGAUGAAAGAGUAUGCCCAUCUGUUCAACGAAAUUGGCACUCUUAAAAAUUUUGAAGUUAAAUUGCACAUUGAUGAUACUGUCCCUCCAGUAGCACAAACCCCCCGUCGUAUUCCUUUCCACAUGCGGCAAAAGGUCUCAGAUGCGCUCGACACGUUAGAAGGUGAUGGAGUUAUUGAAAAAGUAUCAGAGGCCACUCCUUGGGUCAGUCCAUUAGUUGUUAUCCUAAAGAAAGAUGGUGAGAUCAGGCUAUGCAUUGAUAUGCGCAUGGCUAAUCAGACAAUUCAACGCGAAAGACAUCCGACCCCAACUGUGGAUGAUUUAAUUCACAAAUUAAACGCCGCCACCAUAUUUACAAAGCUUGAUCUUCGCUCGGGAUACCACCAGUUAUCUCUCGCUGAGGAAAGUCGACACAUAACCACAUUUGUAACGCACAAAGGACUCUACCGCUAUAAGAAGUUGAAUUUUGGCUCCAAUUCGGCAAGUGAAAUCUUCCAACAU